UGUGUGUGUGUCGCUGCGUGGGGGUGUUCGCCUGAUGUCAUUAGGCAGAAAGGGAGGCUGAGCUAACGCUGGGCACACGGGUGGAAAGCAUAACAAUAAGGUUACCGCUUUACCGUCCACAUCAGGACUAAUAGCGUCUCUUUGGGAUUUAAAUACGCAGCGUUAAAUACCGUCUCCUCACAGUGGUCUGAAGGAAGACGAGGAGGAAGAGGAAGAGGAGGUGAAGCUAACGGGCUGAAAGGACCAGAUGCUAUUCCAGCAGAGAAGGAGGACGGGCUCGAAUAAGCAAGAAACGGUGAUGGGUUGUGGUUUUCCUGACUGCUAACCGAAACACGGAUACUGCGAAGUGAGGGGGACUUGCUUUGCUUCUUCUGCAGCUCCGUAUGUGUGUGACAUUGUGUCUGAAAUGCUAGCGCAGUCGCGGUCUCGGCCGUCGAGCAGCCUCUGGGCCGCAGCUCGGCACACCGAGCCCGAAUCUGGGAAAUAGCUAGCUAUCUGCUAGCCGCAGCUGUACCCGAUGCUGCUGUUGCGGCUGCUGCUGCUGCUAAACGGAUCCGAAAGACGACACAAGCGGUUCAGGGCCCCGGCGCUGAGUGAGCUAUUGUUUUACCUUACUGGACUACAGCGGGCAUUUGAGAUGUGAUGCUUUUGUGCGUCGUUUUUGAGCCUUUUGUAGCUGGAGGCUCUCGCUUGCUUGACGCGAAGGAGCUAACGUUGCUGCAAAAUGCAGAGCAGAACCACAACAGCAGGCUCCUGUUGAAGGGGGCGAGGUUAGACUGAUAACAGCCCACCCUGUGUCUCUCAACACUCGGUCACAUUUGGACUACGACCGUCACAUUUCCCCCACGUCAUUCACCGCUUCAUCAGCUGGCGAUAUGGAUAAACUCACGAUCAUUUCAGGGUGCCUGUUUCUGGCAGCUGAUAUAUUUGCAAUAGCCAGCAUUGCAAACCCAGACUGGAUCAACACUGGUGAAUCAGCAGGUGCACUUACAGUCGGCCUAGUCCGGCAGUGUCAGACCAUCCACGGACGAGACCGGACCUGUAUUCCACCUCGGCUGCCCCCAGAGUGGGUCACCACACUUUUCUUCAUCAUCAUGGGCAUCAUCUCCCUCACAGUCACCUGUGGACUGCUUGUGGCAUCGCACUGGCGUCGAGAAGCCACCAAAUACGCCCGCUGGAUCGCCUUCACUGGCAUGAUCCUAUUCUGCAUGGCGGCGCUCAUCUUCCCCAUAGGCUUCUAUAUCAACGAGGUGGGAGGCCAGCCGUACAAGCUGCCCAACAACACAGUGGUCGGCUCCUCGUACGUGCUGUUUGUACUCUCCAUCUUCUUCACCAUAGUGGGACUUCUGUUUGCAGGCAAAGUUUGCCUCCCAGGCUGAGGACUCGACCAUGCCCGCCUCUGGACUGACACAAGAGGCUCUGAAAAUGUUAUGGGAUUUACAAAAACACACAAUGACUGAAAAUCAAAAACAACAAACUCUGGCCAGAAGCGUGAAACGGGGAAGUCCACCACGGAGUACCUAACGAACAAAAAGACUAAAAGGGGGGGGGACGUGGGCACAAUGGGGUGGAGGAGUGAGAGAGGAGACAGCCGAGGCUGUCGCAGCACCCUGCCACUGUUGAUUUAAAAAAUGGCCAUCUCCGUUGUUGUUCUGUUGGAAAAGGGUGCUUAAUCUGCUGCUGUCAUGGCAACUGCGGCCACAAUGCUGGCGCUCAUUUCUUGAGGACCACUGCAGUCGUCACUCCUCGACUUGACCCCUGGCCGCCCGCUGCACCGUCCUCAGCACACAUCUGCGCCGUCACGACUGCUCCUGUUGCUAUUUUUGGCUUCUCUUAGCUAUUUUCUGUUGUGUGUGUGUGUUUUGUUUUUUUUGUUGUACAUUUUGUUUUGUUUUGUUUUCUUCUGGCCCCCGCCGCCUUUUCACUGAAGUAGCUUGAGUGUUAUUGAGGUUCACUGAACUGAAUCUUUGAAGGUUUUUUUGCCAGCUUGGCUUUAGUGCAGGGUUUAUUCUCUCCUGUCACUUCACAAGGCCCCAGGUGUGUGGCUGGGGAGAGCAGCUGUGAGCACAGCUGUCUCGGCCAGCUCACGGGCUGCUGUGAACGAGAGGAAGGUGCAGGUCUGCCGCCUCUUAGUCUCCAACCAGCUGCAGCUCAGGAGCAGGUAGCAUCGUGGAGUGACCUCCCUGGGCAGAAGAACAGGAGGUCAAGUAAUAUAUAAAGGAGAAUGCCACACAAUGUAAGACCUUGCAUUAAGUUAUCUAUAUGCAGAGUAUUAGUGAGCUAUUUUGCUAAGCUUAACCCAUGACACUAAUACACAUCUUUUCCCAAUAACUAGAUAACUGUGAAUUUAGAAAGAUAAUCAUCUAAACAUAAACACACCUCUUGUAUUUGUUGUAAUAAUUCUGUUAAGUACAGCCACAAGCACAGUGGCCUUUUCAAACACUGUGGUGUUACAUUUUAGAGGGGUUGAGAUGACUUAAUGUCACUAAUUAUAGCAGACCCUAUUAACUUUUUAUGAACAAAGCUGAAGUUAUAUUAAGGUGUGAAAAAAAUAUAUAUGUGAAUGACGACAAUUGGUGGUAUUCUCCUUUUAAUGUUGGACAGGAAAGAAGCAAGCAGAAGCUUUUCUUUUUGUCUUGUGGAGGCACAGGGACUGCAGGUCAGGUCCAUCCAUGGGGCUGUGCCUCAGUGUGCUGCUCUUGAACGUGAAUGUAAAACACACACACGCACACACACAUUAAGCCACCACACUGUCUGUAUGCUGUAAAUCCACAUAUACAGGCUGCAACUAACAAUUAUUUUUCAUUUAAAAGUGCUUAUUUUCUCAACAGCUUUUAACUUAGAACACACACACACACACACACACACACACACACACACACACACACACACACACACACACACACACACACACACACAGCAAGGUACAGAUCACUGUGAAAGUAAAUAUUAAAACAUGUCGUCACACAACUCUUCCCUUGUACAGCAUGCUUAGUCGGUGCACCAAAAGUUUCCAGCGUGCCCCGUCCAGGUGGUUUCUAAGGUUGUUUCUGGUUUAGGGCAUAAUCAUGCUCUUAAACUUGAAACUACAAAUCCCAUAAUUUGAAGGCUUUAGGGGAUGUAAACAGGAAGUAUGGUGUUGCCAUGGAUGCAUUGAGUUAUGCUAUGGAAUACAACCUGACCCCUGUUUUCUCCUUUUGCCUGUAUUCGUUCACAUUGUGUCAAAUUAGCGACAUCAAAAGUAUGCCAGAUGAAGUAGUCUAUUACUAGGUUUUUUAUAAACCUAUGGCUAUACAGACUACUAUCUCUGGAUUACUUUGAAAAGAAAACUGAAAUUUGAUUCUCAACCAAGUUCUGGAGAUUCAAGAAAAAAAGUGUAUCCCCCCCCCCCCCCCCCCUCCCCUCUGGUUUCUAAGCAGAUAUAUGGACGUUUAUUCACAUUAGUUAAUUAGUUAAUUAAUAAAACACUUCUGAUCUUUACUAAGCACCAAAUUCUGUAUUUGUUCAACUCAUGACUAAAGAUCCUGUAAACUCAAAUCUCUUCCAUUUCUGAAACUACAUAUACAUACAUAUACAUAUUUAAAGUCCAUUUACUGUUGACCUUAACACAGACAUCCCUCAAAUACAACUCACACUUACAAUUUAGUUUUAAAAUAGUAGCAGAUGAAUUAGUUUUGAUCAGCUUGUACUUUACAUAUUUACACUCAUCGUGUGUGUGUGUGUGUGUGUGUGUGUGUGUGUGUGCGUGUGUGUGUGUGUGGGGAAUCAAUCAUGGAGCUCUGUUGCAAAGUCUUCAAAGUUUUGUUUUGUAUUUUAGUUUCCUGCUCAGCUUUUCUUCCUCUCGGUCUGAUGUAUACUGUUAACUCUUCACUCUGCAGUGCCCUUCCUGUCUCGGUUGGUUCAGUAUUGUGCCAUGACCUGUUUUUGUUUAAUAAUGUACAGACACACACAAAAGGCAGGAUUUCUGUAUUAGGAAGCACUGUGCAUUCAACAGUAUAGGUAACAGAAAUAGAAGCACCACAAAUGUAUAAAAAAAGAGAACUUCUUACCUCAUUGAUUUUGUUUCUGCUAUUAUUUUCUCAUGGCGGCAAUGUGUGCCCUCUAAUUUGUCUCUUUGCCUUGAUCGGAUGUCUUCACAUAAAGCCUAUGAUCAUAGGAAAUUAUUUAUCACUGAAUAAAAAGAGGAAAAAUGGG